AGUGGGGAGGGUGGCGCGCGCGCUGAGGGGCUGCUAGCGGUCUCUCGAGUGGGUGAGAGCGUGGCAGCGGCUGCUCGCUCCGGACGGCCGCGCCAUGGCGGAGGAGGAGCUCGAGGCGCUGAGGAAGCACAGGUUGGCCGAGCUGCAGGCCAAGCACGGGGACCCUGGCGAUGUAGCACAACAGGAAGCGAAGCAAAGGGAAGCAGAAAUGAGGAACAGUAUCUUAGCCCAAGUUCUGGAUCAGUCAGCCCGGGCCCGAUUAAGUAACUUAGCACUUGUAAAGCCUGAGAAAACUAAAGCAGUAGAGAAUUACCUUAUACAGAUGGCACGGUAUGGACAACUAAGUGGGAAGGUAUCAGAACAAGGUUUAAUAGAAAUCCUCGAAAAAGUAAGCCAACAAACAGAAAAGAAAACAACAGUUAAAUUCAGCAGAAGAAAAGUAAUGGACUCUGAUGAAGAUGACGAUUAUUGAAUUUAAGACGUCUAGAGACUGGAACUUAAUGGAGCAAUUCUAGGACAGAUAACACUUGGCUGAAGUUCAGAUCUCGAUGGGAUGUUUACUUUGUUUACUGUCUAUAUGCCUUUUAAAAAUAAACUUGUUAUGCAAAAUAAAA